AACACUGUUAAUGAUAAUUGGACUUGUCCGAAACUUGGACGUUUCCAAUCUGUUACCGUGACGGACAAGGCACAAACCCUAAAACUUCGACGACCUCCGAUUUCUUUUCUGCAACUUUUAAUCCGCGUCGCAGGAGUUUUCAGAUUUGGAAGAAACCCUAGGACUUUGGGGCUGAAGGGUCCUGGCAAAAUAAACCCUAGAAACAGGAGCCCUGGAAAGCUCUGAGCUUAGGGGACUGUUGAGAGAAACCCUAGAAGCAGUGAAGAAAGAGGAGAACCGCUAGACUACAAAACCUGGAAAAUGAGCGAGGAUAGCAGGAGCAAGGAUCAUCCACCCCAUUAUGGCACUUUUCAAGGGGUUCCCACCUAUGGACAGCCGGCCAUAGGGUUUCCUCAGCCUGUUCCUCCUCCUGGUGCUACCUCUGGAGCUUACUACCCUCAUGGUUAUCAGACUGUUCCAGGGUAUGCCACAGUUGCAGAGGGACAGCCAAUUAGAGAGCCUCGUCUACCUUGCUGCGGUAUUGGUCUCGGUUGGUUCUUGUUCAUAGCUGGCUUCUUUCUUGCAACAAUUCCCUGGUACAUUGGAGCUUUUCUUCUACUUUGUGUUAGAUUAGAUUACAGAGAAAAGGCGGGCCUAAUUACGUGCACAAUUGCUGCUGCUCUGUCUGCCAUUGCUGUGAUUCUUGGCUUCACAAAGGGAACUCAUGAAUGGUGAUGUAGAUCAACUGUGACAUAAACUAAGGGUUGAUUUGCCAUAUCUUUUCCUUUCCCAUGAAAUAUUAGAAAGCCCAACUACUUCAUGUAAUUAUCAUCAUGCCAUAUAAUUAUACUCCCGUCAUAUCUUAAUACUCUUCUAUCAUAUGUGUUGUUAUGAUGGUUACCGGCUCAGAAGAUCUUGCUCUAAGAUCUAUGGGGGAGCAUCCUUCUUUGUGCUUGAGACAAUAUUAUGUGUUUUCUGUGUGCCUUUGUUUUGUAUAGCUUGAUUUUCAGUACAUAAACCUAUAAUAAGGAUAUGGCCCUGCUGAAUGUCUGGCCAUACUCGAAACACUUCAUACGCGUUCUUCAAUGUUAUGGGAAAUAUAAGUUUAUUUGCAUUUGUUUC